AUGGAGAAUGAGGAACUCUUCGCAGGCGAACCCGCGCUUGACGCACAGCAGCAAGCCAGAAACAUCCGUCGCACGGUAAAUAAGCCCAAGCAAACUCCUUUGCAGGUUCACGCCGAACCGCUGCUGGCCGGCGAUGAUUUUGACGAUGAACCACCGCAUUAUGAGGAAGGCCCGCGCGAUAUCGACACCCGACCGCGAUGGAGGAGACCGUCUAUCUGGUGGCUUUUACCAUUCGGCGCGCUUUUCACUUUGGGCUUUGGAGGACUUGCGGUACCCCGGAUUAAUUUGAUAAUGUCUUUGAUUUGUCGCGAUUAUUUCUCGGAGAGAAUGGCCAAAGACCCCAACUUCACUGUGCUUCCCAUUGUUUUUGGAGAGGAUAACGGCCAGUGCCGACUCCCUGAAAUUUCGUCUCUCGUCGCCCAGUUUCAGCUUUAUCUCAAUCUUGUGACCGGAAUCAUUUCAGCACUUGUCAGUCCUCGAUUGGGCCAUUUGUCAGAUCGUUAUGGCAGGACUAAACUUAUCGCGUUCGGCGCGAUGGGCGCAGUGCUCAAUGAGGUGAUCACCGUCAUCAUCGCUUCCCGACCGGACACUAUGUCCGUCAAAUGGUUCCUUGUUGGGGGCGUGAUGGAUGGACUCGGUGGAUCAUUCACAACGGCCCAGGCUCUGAUUCAUUCCUAUGCAUCGGAUUGUACCCCUCCUGACAGGCGAAGUGUGGCAUUCGGCCUUUUCCACGGAACUUUGUUCUUCGGCAUCGCUUUUGGACCCAGCGGUGCUGCGUUCUUGAUCAAGCAGACUGGAACUGCUCUACCCGUCUUCUACAUCGGCCUAGCAUGCCAUGCAAUUUUUGUUCUGUCGCUUCUCUUCAUCGUUCCAGAAUCUCUUUCGAAGGAGCGACAGCUCGCUGCUCGUGACAGGCACCAUACGAAGCUGGCAAACUCCAAAGAUGUCAAGUGGUAUUCUUGGAAGGCUCUUAACCCGAUAAAGCUUGUGACUCCGCUCUCGAUCCUUCUGCCCGCUGUUGGUCGACCAAGUGUGUUGUUCUCUAACCGACGGGGUGCUAGUCCUGCUCUUCGCCGGAACAUUGUUCUCCUGGCCGCGAUGGAUACGGCCUGCUUCGGUAUUGCCAUGGGUACUGCACAGUUGAUCAUCAUCUACGCUGCGUACAUGUUCAACUGGGGUAAUGUGGAAUCAAGUCUUUUCGUGUCCAUCAUCAAUGCGAUUCGCGUGGUCAACUUGUUCGUGGUUCUACCCGUUGUUGCACGCUUCUUCCGUACUCCAACUCCCGACGAUGGAGCUAUCCGAGGAUCCGACAUGCUGGACAUCGUCAUCAUCCGUCUAUCCAUUGUCUUCGAUGUUCUAGGCUAUGUCGGCUAUGCGUUGUCGAAUCACCCGUCCAUGAUGAUCCUUUCCGGUAUUAUCGCCUCACUAGGCGGCAUGGGUGCCGCAACCUUACAAUCGUCUCUUACCAAACAUGUACCACAAGAGCGCAUCGGCCAGAUGCUUGGUGCCACAGGCCUUUUGCACGCGCUUGCACGAGUUGUCGCACCGACAAUCCUUAACUUGAUCUACAGUCUGACUGUCGCGACCUACCCCCAGACCGUGUUCGUUUGUCUAGCAGCAGUCUUUGGCUUGACACUCUUGAUGAGUUUCCUGAUCCACCCUCAUGUGACCUUGGAGGACGAGGCUGCUUCUGAUAUCGCGGUUGAAGCCAAUGAAGUUGGAGAAGAUGAACACGAUCAGCUCCUCUCACGCUAG